AUGAUCUUUUCAUUAAUUAUAGCAUAUGUGGUUUUCAAAAUUUUGGAAGUGGUUUUACCACCAUGGAAUUUCCCAAGAAAUAUACCAACAAUUCCUUUUUAUGUUUUAUUUUUAGGAGCAAUCACCAAAAAGGAUCAAAUUGAAAUUUAUAAUCAACACCUUAAAACAAAAUUGGAAAAAUAUGGAGCUGUUAAAAUUUAUUUUGCAUCAAGAUGGAAUAUUCUUGUUUCAAAACCAGAAAUGUUGAUUGAAAUUUUUAAACAUGAAGAAAUAUAUGUAAAAAGUGGGAAUCAUUUAAAAAUUCCAGGUUCUGUUUUAGCUACUUAUACUGGUGAUAAUAUAAUUUCAUCAACUGGACAAAAUUGGCUAAAAUAUAGAAAUGUUUUACAAAAUUCUAUACAAUUUCCAUAUUUAGAUCCAUUAGAUUCAAAUACUGAAAAAUAUAUUGAAAUGUUACCACACGAAAGUCUUUCUAGUGUUUUACAAAAAUAUUCAUUACAAAAUAUUGGAAAUUGUAUAUUUGGUAUUGAUUUUGAAAUUUCAAAAAUGCAUAAACAAAUAAAUUAUAUAAAAAAACAAAUUUUUAACCCAUUUUUUAUGAACUUCCCUAAUAUUGAGAGGUUUAUACCUAGUAGAAUCAAAGCUAAGAAAGAAGUUGAAAAUUUUAGAAAUUGGUUUGGUUCAAUUAUUAAAGAAAAUAAUCAAAUUGGAGCAGCAUUUAAAUUAACUCAAGCUUGGAGUGAUGGGGUGCUUACAGAAAAACAAUUCCUUGAUAAUUCAAUUAUUACAAUGGUUGCAGGUCAUGAAAAUCCUUUAUUAUUAAUGCAAUCGGUUUUAUAUGUCCUAGCAAAAGAUCCUAAAUUACAACAAAAAUGCCGAGACUCUCCCAUUUUUCUUGAUUUUGUAAUUUAUGAAACUUUAAGAAUGUAUCCUCCAUUAAAUCAAAUAAUUAAUAGAUGUACUUCCAAAACAACUACCUUGCAAAAUAUUAAGAUCCCUAAAGAUACAUAUGUUGGUUAUAUAAAUAUUGCUACUGGUAGAGAUCCAAACAUUUGGGUAAAUCCAGAUUUAUUUUUACCAGAAAGAUGGUCCAAAAUUGAUUAUACAAAAGCUAAACGAGAUGCAAUUUUACCUGCAUUUCAUGGUAGGAAAAGAGCAUGUUUAGGUGAAAAAUAUGCUUUAACUCAAUGUAAAACUUUAAUAUUAGCAAUUUUAGGAAAAUAUAAUUUUGAAUUGAAAGAACCUGUGAAAUUUACUUCUUCAGGUCCAAUUUCUCCUGUAGGGAUGAAAUUAAAUUUUAGGAAACUACAAGAAUGA